UUUUUCCCCCUCUCACUCAAACGCAACACAAGCGGGAUGUACGUCAGCACAUUACGCGCCAAAUUCGAGAAGUGCGGAAGGCAACAACAACGCCACUCAGAUCCACUAAGAUUAGCUGUUUUUAGCAUUUUCUCGUUGAAUUUCGGCUGUUUUUGAGAAUAUAUUCCCUUUCAGUAUGUCUCAGGAGCCAGGAUAUUCGCCGAGCUUCAAGCGACCGGCUGAAAUCAUGCGAAUGAGAAGGAAAAGGACCCGAAGCGACGCUAGUGUCUUCUCCAGCCCGAGCGGCCAGGGCUCCACGGGCAGCCCGGGACAGAGCAGCUCAUCCCCGGCAGGCGUCCGGCCCUUCUCCCCGGGGCCGCUCUUCAACACACACAGUCGCUCCGGAGGCGGGAUCAAACGCAGAAACCCCUUCGCAAAUAUUGAGAAUACGUACAGCCCAAAAAAGAAAUUUCUUAUUUAUAACGAGGACGGAAAUACAGAGGCUACGGACAGUUACAAGAUAAGGACCCGGACAGAGAAGGAGGGAGACGGGGACAUGUCCACGGGGGUUUUACCCCUCAGUGUGAGGCUGACUGAGGCUGAAAAACAGGAGUACCACCAGGACAGUCCCGGCAAGAAAAGCCUCACGUUCUCUGAAGACGACUCUCUGUUUGAAGAAGACGAGGAAGAUUUGAAAACUCCACUGCUGAAGAGUCCCCAGGCCAUUGCUCCGGCCUCCAUAGCUCCUCCCGUCUGCACAGAGUACCCAGCAGACUGGAGCCUGAAGACGCGCCUCCUCUUCACGUCUCCUCUCACCCUUUCCUGGGCUGAGCAGCCUAAAGCUCAGGAGCAGGCUCUGGGGCUCGUUCAGCACUGCAGAGCUCAGUUUGACACUCUACCACACAGUGUACAGGAUCCCAAGUCCUGCUCCGAGCUACGUUGUGCGUUUCAGCAGAGCCUGGCGUACUGGCAGCACCCGUCCCUGCCCUGGAUGUCUCUGUUCCCCAGGAUCAACGCAGAGAGGAGCUUCACUGGGAAAUGCAGCCCGUGGGCUCAUGACAGAGCGCUGCAGCAGAGUCUCAUGAGUGAAUGGUCGGUCAGCUUGUCGUCUCUCUACAGUCUACUGAAGGCCAGAGUCUGCCCCUACUUCUAUCUCUGCUCCUAUCAGUUUACAGUGUUGUUCAGGGCAGCAGGUCUCGGGGGCUCCAGCAGCAUCACUGCCUUAAUUUCACCUACAACCAGAGGUCUCAGAGAGGCAAUGAAGGCAGAAGGUAUAGAGUUCAGUCUCCCUCUAGUGGAGGAGAGGAGGAAGAGCAGGACGGGGCAUGAGGGAGAAGAGGAAGAGCCCAAGAAGAACAUGCAGGAGUGUUCAGACGACUGUCAGCCAGGUGAUGAUGGAGACAACGAUGAUAACGACGAUGUAGACGGCUUCUCCUGGCUGAAGGAGAUGGGAAUUCAAGACAAAAUCAAGAAGCCAGACAGCAUCACCAUACAACUUCGUGCUGAGGGUCAGACAGUUUCCCUGGACCACAAGCCGGAGUCUGUGGUGAGUGUGGAGGGAUCACACACCUUCACACUCAUCAACUUUCUCAUCAACUGGAAGAGUGUGGUGGCGGCAGCCGGUUCCCAGGCCGGGUUACCCCCAACACUGCUGGCUCCCAGCGCUUUCAGAGGAGCUACAAUGCACACACUGAAGGCCCGCAGUGUGAAUGUGAAGAGCCAGGUGGGUUCUACCUACCAGAACAUCAGCAGUCUGGAGAUCACAGGACCGAUCCUCCCCUCCUCCCUCCACACCAUCACCUCCCUCCUUCGGCCGGCACAGAAAGGAAACUUCUCCUCCGCUCUCUACACACACAUACCAACCGCCGUCAUGAACACACACACUACCAAGCAACAGUGUACUAGGGACUCAGUGGACCUGUCUGGUUGUGGUCUCCAUCCUGCCUCCAUCCAACAGCUUCAGGAGCCCUCCACUCUCGGCAAGACCGCUCUCACUCACAUCAACAUGAACAACUACAGCUACACCUGGAAGAACUGAUGGAGCGCUAUGUUUCUUGUCAAAUGCUUUUACUUUUUUUUGUAAUCUUUUAUCUUUUAUAACGCUGUGCGCUUGUAACAAAUCUGAAUUAUUUUUGUUAUAAAUUAAUCGUUCAGUAGAUUGUUUAAAAAUGUAUUUUAAUUUCUUUUAAAUUGUUUUAUUUUGGAGGGUUUUUUUUUUCAGUUUUAUGAGAUUAAUUUACUGAUGCACUGUCAAAUUUUUACAGGUUUUAUUCCAGACUGAAAAGCUGAGAAAAUAAUAAAUAUCCUCUCUGUGGAAUUUAAUGGCAAACACACAUUUCAAGCUUGUACCAUAUUGGAAUUAGUUUUCUGGCUAGUUUCAUACUUUCAUAAGAUUAAAUGCUUCUUUAGCCUAUUUAUAGAAGGAACCAGACUGAAAACAAGUCCAUGAAAUAGUUCAGAUUUUAAUAAUUUGGAAAAUAUCAUAUUGUCUAUGUUCUUGAGUGUAAUGUGGAAACAACAUUAAAACCUUGAAAUGUUUAACAUUA